UCACUGCUCUGGGUGUUGUCCUGAGUUCCCAGAUUCUAGGUCCUCUGGAGAAGAGGGCAUUGUCCCUGUAGGAUAAGAGUCAUGAGCCUCAGGUCUUCCUCUUCAGGGGCCAAAGCAGAGACUGGGGAGUCAGGGUGCAUGCAAUAAGGAGUUUCCCUGAGGUUACCAGAGGGCUGGGGGCCUAGUGACCAGGAAAGGGUGGUGCAGGCGGUGGUACAGGGGGUAGUGCCCUGAGAGCCCAGGGUGCUUGGGUUAAUCAUCACUGUGGCUCAGAUAAGGCCCUGCCAACUGGAAGCAGAGUCACUGUGACCAGAGGGGUUUAUGUGGCUGAAGAGGCAGGCAGAACAGUGUAUCCACAGCGUGGGACCAUGCCAGCCACAAAACGGUUUCAACAUGUCAUUGAGACCCCGGAGCCUGGCCAGUGGGAGUUGUCUGGGUAUGAGGCAGCUGUGCCAAUCACAGAGAAGUCAAAUCCACUGACCCGGGACCUAGACAAAGCAGAUGCUGAGAAAAUUGUUCGACUGCUGGGGCAAUGUGAUGCUGAGAUCUUCCAGGAGGAGGGGCAAGCCCUGCCCACAUACCAGAGACUCUACAGCGAAUCCAUUCUGACCACCAUGGUGCAAGUGGCUGGAAAAGUUCAGGAAGUGCUGAAGGAGCCAGAUGGGGGGCUGGUUGUAUUGAGUGGAGGGGGCACCUCUGGCCGGAUGGCAUUCCUCAUGUCGGUGUCCUUUAAUCAGCUGAUGAAGGGUCUGGGACAGAAACCUCUUUACACCUACCUCAUUGCAGGGGGUGACAGGUCUGUGGUGGCCUCUAGGGAGGGGACGGAAGACAGUGCCUUGCACGGGAUUGAGGAACUGAAGAAGGUGGCCGCCGGGAAGAAGAGGGUGAUUGUCGUUGGCAUUUCUGUGGGACUCUCUGCUCCAUUUGUGGCAGGCCAGAUGGACUACUGCAUGAACAACACAGCUGUCUUCUUGCCAGUCCUGGUUGGCUUCAAUCCAGUGAGCAUGGCCAGAAAUGACCCCAUUGAAGACUGGAGUUCAACAUUCCGACAAGUGGCAGAGCGGAUGCAGAAAAUGCAGGAGAAACAGACAGCUUUUGUGCUCACUCCUGCCAUCGGGCCUGAGGGUCUCAGCGGCUCCUCCCGGAUGAAAGGUGGAAGUGCCACCAAGAUCCUGCUGGAAACCCUGUUAUUAGCUGCCCAUAAGACUGUGGACCGGGGCAUUGCAGCAUCUCAAAGAUGCCUCCUGGAAAUCUUGCGGACAUUCGAACGAGCUCAUCAGGUGACCUACAGCCAAGGCCCCAAGAUUGCCACCUUGAUGAAGCACGUCAGCACCAGUCUGGAGAAGAAAGGCCAUGUGUACUUGGUUGGCUGGCAGACCCUGGGCAUCAUUGCCAUCAUGGAUGGAGUAGAGUGCAUCCACACCUUUGGCGCUGAUUUCCGAGAUGUCCGUGGCUUUCUCAUUGGUGAUCACAGUGACAUGUUUAACCAGAAGGCUGAGAUCACCAACCAGGGUCCCCAGUUCUCCUUCUCCCAGGAGGACUUCCUGACUUCCAUCCUGCCCUCCCUCAUGGAAAUUGACACUGUGGUCUUCAUUUUCACCCUGGAUGACAACCUCACGGAGGUGCAGACUAUAGUGGAGCAGGUGAAAGACAAGACCAGCAACAUCCAGGCCCUGGCACACAGCACCGUGGGGCAGUCCUUGCCGAUCCCUCUGAAGAAGCUCUUUCCCUCCAUCAUCAGCAUCACAUGGCCACUGCUUUUCUUUGACUAUGAAGGGAACUUCAUCCAGAAGUUCCAGCGUGAGCUAAGCACCAAAUGGGUGCUGAAUACAGUGAGUACAGGUGCUCACGUGCUUCUUGGUAAGAUCCUGCAAAACCACAUGUUGGACCUCCGAAUUAGCAACUCCAAGCUCUUCUGGCGGGCACUGGCCAUGCUGCAGCGGUUCUCUGGACAGUCCAAGGCUCGAUGCAUCGAGAGCCUCCUCCAAGCAAUCCACUUUCCCCAGCCACUGUCAGAUGAUAUUCGGGCUGCUCCCAUCUCCUGCCAUGUCCAGGUUGCACAUGAGAAGGAACAGGUGAUCCCCAUCGCCUUGCUCAGCCUCCUAUUCCGGUGCUCGAUCACUGAGGCUCAGGCACACCUGGCUGCAGCUCCUUCUGUCUGUGAGGCUGUCAGGAGCGCUCUCGCUGGGCCAGGCCAGAAGCGCACAGCGGACCCCCUCGAGAUCCUAGAGCCUGCCGUUCAGUGAACUGACAUUUCUGGUUGGGUGAAAGGGGCCCAACCCUGCCCACUCUAGCCCAGCCCACCCAAGGGACUUGUGCCAGCAGCACAUGUGGGAGGGAGAAGCCCCGUUUCCAGGGGUACCAGUAGCCCAGGGUGGGGAAAAGGAUUCUCUCCACUUUGGGGGAGAGUUCUUGCUCUUGACCUAGUGCUUUCUACCUUCACUCAAUUAUUCUGAUUUCAGAAAUAAAAUGAAAUGUCUUAUUUUGGAAAGUUAACCUUUCAAAGUCAGUAAAUCAAACUGAGUAGAUCAGAGGUGGGACAGGAUGGAUGGCAUGGGUUGGUCUUAACAGCAUGUUUGUUUGUUUAAUUCUGCCCCCAACUCAAUUUCAUUGUCUCUAACACAAGCCUUAAAUAGCAUCCCUGUAUUCCUCAUUACCAACAUGCAGCCAGGAUGCAUCAUGCACACACACUCCAAUCCCACACAGACAAAUGACGAGGGGUAGGAACUUUUAGAUAAUUCCAGGACAAGAGGGAAGAAGCUGUGUCCCUAACAUAGGAAACCCAGCAAAAGGGCAGUCUUAAUCAGUCAGGACAAGAUCCUUAUCCCUAGAAUGAAUGCUACCUCCAUGCAUUAGACCGUGAAAUGAGGGUCACAUCCCCUGCCCUGUGUUUGUAAGAGGAACAUAAGGAACUCUGGGGGUGCUGCACAUCCUUGGUGGUGGGACCCAAUAAAUACUAGAAACUGCAGGCUGUACAUUUUAGACACCAGGUGCCCCGUGUUUUGACAAAGGCACACUUGUUCAUUCGAGAUUCAUGUCAGCUCUUUAGGGCCUGUGAUAUAUAUGGCCCUGACAGUAGAGAGCUGGUUCCUCUUUGUGCCUGAGAAAUAUCCAGGUAAUAGACACUCAGGAACAUUCCUCUUGGGAUGAAACUCUUUGGAAAGACGGUGACUGGAAAGCAGCCAGACUUUGGUUUCAUGCAGAUAAAGUAAUCAACCCCGUUAUGGUGGCCAUACGUCCCUCUGCACCUGUGGGCCUGAAGCCUCUAGCUGAACUCUAUUUUCCUUUUCCACAUCUUCACAUUGCUGCCUUGGGUCAUCAGCAACCCCUCUUUCCCCAGCCACUGCUCUUACGGGGCCUCCUGAGUGCCACCCCUUUCAUCCUCCACAAAUACCUCUUCGAAAUUCAAGAUGGCUAAAGUUAGAAAAGGAUCCUGCAAAAGCCCUCUGUGUCUUUUUCCCCACAGCUCCCUCCCACGUUCUUUCACUGGGUCAGUUCAUCUCUCAGCAUAGCAUCAUGAACACUGUCAAGUCUGAGAGGAUAUCUAGUAUUCCGGGGCCCCAAAGGGCAGAGCAUGCCUUGAUCCUGUUGAUGAUGCCAAGAUGUACAGUAGCCCCCUCCCACAUUUGGAGGGGUUAGGGCACAGGGUUAGAUUUCUCCAAGGCUGGAUGCAGAAGAACUCUAGAAGCCCCAAGUUCUUUUAGUUGCCAAGUACGUGGAUGGUAUGAAGAGAUCGAGUGAAUUCAAUUCUUAUGUAGUCGGAUACAAUACUUGGGUGUUAUGAACAAGGUGGAGUACUGCUCAGCUUUCGGGUACAUUAGAAGCUAGACACACUCUGACCUUGUGGCAGAGACAAAGAUGACUAAGAUCUGAUCCCUACUUCCUAGAAACUCACAAGCACAUAGCAAUUCUAAUAUAAGACAGAGUUGAAGUGGUUUAGAACAGCAGGGUAAGUACAGAGAGCUGCUAAAAUCACAAGGCAGGCCAAGAGUCAAGGAAAGUUUUGGAAGAAAGGAGGCUGGGGUAGGGAAAAGAAACAGCCAAAGAAAAUCUGAGAAUGUUUUAAGACUUACAGGGGUAUGUGGAUCUGAUAACACAGAAUCCGGUCAUUGUCAAUGGGAUUUGUGCUCUAGGCAGAGCUAAGGAAGUUCAAAGAUUUUUUUAGAACUGUGCAGAGAUAAAUGAUAGGGUGACAGCUUUUGCAGUUAUUUGGAGAAAGUAAACAUCUGAGGCCAAAAACAGCAAGAGAGUAAUCCAUUAUUAAUACAAGGCAGUAAUUAUGUAGAAAUGACUAAAGGGCCUGGGCCUGAAGACUGGAUUAGAUUGUGGAAGAUGAAGAAAACAAUUUUCUGGGACAUAUAUUUGCUGAAUCAAAAGCAAAAGGGGGCCAGGCAUGCUAUCCUAGCUACU